AGAAGAUAUGCAUAUUUGCAGCGAUGUCCUACCUCUUGGCGGUGUUUACUUGCUCUUCAUGCAGUGGUGGCCAACAUGGCUGACGAAGUUGAUGUUGUCGACAUUGAGGGGGAUGAUUACGAUGGAAAUGUUUGUGAGUUUGCAGAAGGGGAUGGUGGGAUGCUCCAAGAUCAGUAUUUGCAAUCGGCGUGGAAGGACACCAGUAGUAUAUUGCCCUGGACACUGGACAGUUCCAUCAGUGCUGAGAACAGGGAGGUCAUUGAGAAUAUGCUUCUGGAGGAGCAGUACUACCUCACUGGUAAAGCACCACCGAAGAGCGUGUGGACCAGUGAAAAGCCGAAAGCAAGUGCAAAAAAGUCCCCUGUGAAGACCUCUAGUGCACCUGCUCGCUGGAGCCAGGAGGAGAAGGCUCUCUUUGAGAAGGGACUGUCCCAGUAUGGUCGGAGGUGGACUAAAAUAGCCAAGCUUCUUGGCAGCCGCACCGUUCUGCAGGUGAAGAGCUAUGCCAGGCAGUAUUUCAAGAACAAGGCUAAGUCUGACCCUCAGCCUGCGGCCUCCACCGCCACCACUACCACCAAGCUCUCUGAGCCUCAGGCCACACCCCUUCAGCGACCCCUGCCCAAUCACAUCACAUUGCUGGCCAACGCAGUACGCAUCGAGACGCUCUCUGACGAUGAAGAUGAAGAAGUUGACAUCACUGAUGACCUCAGCGAUGAAGAAGGCUCGCCGUUGGACCAACCGGUGGUGGAGGAAGUCGCUGCCCAGUUAGAGCGAGAGGAGGAGCAGAAUAAGGAGGAUGAUGAGGUCCAGGGAGAGGUCAGCCACAGUCCACAGGGCCCUCUGUCUCCACUCCAGACCACCCAGUCUUCUCCAUCCAGGCCUGCAGAGCCCAGUGGUAGUAGUGGGACAUUGGGGGAGGACUGUAGGACGGGUGAUGAGACCCGGCUUAAUCCAAGUGUCUCUGAAGAUAACCGUAAAACUGACUUGGGACCAGCCAGUCUUGGGACACAGGAGAUCCAGCUGGAAAAACAAGAAGGUACAGAGAUGUUGGAGAAUCCCGAGGAGGAGGGAGAAGAGGAUGAUGAUGAUGAGGAGGAGGAAGAGGUAGUGCUCAGGGCUCCCGAACAGGAAGUCACUCUGGACAGGAUGGAAAUUACAGAGGAAGAGAAGCAGGCUAUCCCAGAGUUCUUUGAGGGACGCCCCGCGAAGACCCCAGAGAGAUACCUCAAGAUUCGCAACCAUAUCUUGGAGCAGUGGGACAAAUGUAAACCCAAGUAUCUGAACAAGACGUCAGUGCGGCCCGGACUGAAGAACUGUGGGGAUGUGAACUGCAUCGGGAGAGUGCACACCUACUUAGAGCUCAUCGGCGCCAUCAACUUCAACUGUGAGCAGGCCAUUUACAACAGGCCGCGGCCGGUCGAUCGCUCACGGCUGAAGGAGGGCAAGGACACCCUGGAGGCCUACGAGCUGGCACAUCGCCUGCAGUCCAUGCGGACGAGGAAACGCAGAGUGCGGGACGUGUGGGGAAACUGGUGCAACGCCAAAGAUCUCGAAGGACAGACGUAUGAGCACUUAAGUGCUGAAGAACUUGCUCGAAGAAGGGAGGAGAUGAAGAAGCAUCAGCCAAGACCCUGCAAACAGGCCAGGCUCAAAGGGUCAAUUGACCCUUUCCAGCUCAUUCCAUGCAGGUUGUUUGGAGAAGAAAAGCAGGAGCCAUUCCAAGUGAUCGUGAGCGCUGAAGCCCUGGUUGUCAUGGAUAUGCAUGCCCAUGUGUCCAUGGCGGAGGUGAUUGGCCUACUUGGUGGGGCAUAUGAUGAGGACAUGAAAGUUUUGAAGAUCCGGGCUGCUGAGCCCUGCAACAGCCUGAGCACGGGCAUGCAGUGCGAGAUGGAUCCCGUGUCCCAGACGCUGGCCUCCGAGCUGCUGGCAGCCAAGGGCCACAGUGUGGUGGGCUGGUACCACUCUCACCCGGCCUUCGACCCAAACCCCUCCGUACGCGACAUCGACACACAGGCCAAAUACCAGAGCUACUUCUCCCGUGGCGGAGCUCCGUUCAUUGGGAUGAUUGUGAGUCCCUAUAACCCUACCAACCCCUCCCCCGUCUCCCAGACCACCUGCCUGGUGGUGAGCGAAGAGGAAGGAGCAGCCGGCCCACUCAAGCUGCCAUACCGGUUUGAGCUACAGCACUCGUCCGAGCGGCCUGACUGGGAGGAUGUGACGAGGAGAGCAGAGUGGAUCGUGCAGAAGUACAAGCAGAGCCACGGGAGUGUGCCUUUGGACAGGAUCUUUCGUAGGGAUUCCCAGCUGACAUGCCUACAAAAGAUGCUGGCGUCAAUGAAGGCCAAUCUUGAAUCUCUACCGGACAUCGAAGCCAGCACGUUCUUGGUGCAGACCGAGACUCUCUUUGUAACUCAGUUCAGCACACGGAGCGAGGGCAAGGGUGGUGGUGAGGAUUAUGAUGAGGAUGAUGGUGACGAAGGCUGCUCCAAUUUCUUCCUGGAUGAGCCUGUCGUGCAAGAUCAUGGCUACAGCCUCUCGUCUCCUCAACCAGUCAAUGGUGAUGACACGCCUCAUGCUCAGGAGGAAUUCACGGACCAAGUAUCGAGCACAGGACCAGAGACUAGCAGUAUUUGACAGCCAAUGCAAUACGAGGUUCUUUGCAAUCAUCAAAUGCUGGAUUAGCUGGAUAUAAAAUCAGGUGCCUUUCUCAAAAGCUUAGUUGUUGCAGUUAGCCACUUUGGUACUGUAGUUGUUAAUGGGAAAUUGCAUUACAAACAACAAAGUAGCUAACAUAGUUAGCAUCUAUGGUUUCGAGAAAGGCACCCCCAGAUUUGUGUUUUCAAGGAGCUGGUGAGCAACCAUGUUUGUCUUCCAAUGAUUUACGACCAGACCCACUUUCGUGUAGCUUUUCAGGACGGGAGCAUUUGUAUUACAGUAGCAGUAUUAAAUUGGGUUUUAAGCGUACAAAUCAACGUAGAUGAAUCAAUGUAGAGUUCCUGAGAAAAUCAAUAGCUGACAAAUACAGUAUGAUGACCAGCGUAUGUAUCAAAACACAAUUAUUUUUUUAGUGACAAUUUUAAAAAUCAGAGUAAUGUGUACUAUGCUAGUUAGCUGUGGUUAUGAUGAAUUUAAUGUGUUCUGUGUUCAUUGUACUUAAUAAAAACUAAAGAAUUAACCGUA